CACUUGAUCCUGACUGACGGACUGACUGGCCGAGUCGCUGUUCGCCUUUUAUAGUGUUUAUUAGUUUUACUUUCAAUUUUGUGAAGUGUUUUUCUAUAUUUUAUAUUAAAAUUAUAAUGAAAUUCAUCGUUCUGUUUGCUGCAUUUAUUGCCUUGGCUUCGGCUGCCAAAACAAAGAAGCCAAUCGAAGAAUACUUUUCUGAUUUUGCAGGUGAACCCAAUAUUGAUCUUAUUAUUAAGGAUGAUGAUCGUCCGCCAACUCAGUUCGUUGGUGAUGUCAUGAAAGCAAAAACCACUAGCAUUAAUACUAUUCAAGGAAAGGGAAAAUUCAGCUACAAUUUCGAGACUGAAAAUGGUAUCAACAUUGCUUCAAUUGGAAAACUCAAAGAUGAGAAGACCUUCGUCGUCACUGGAUCAUACACAUAUACUGGUGCCAAUGGUAAACGUUAUCGCGUUCGAUACACUGCUGAUGAAUUUGGAUAUCAUCCAGUCACUGAACUUGACGACCAACCAGAAGUAGUAAUCGCUCCAGCCAAACCACUUCCACCAGCGCCAAAACUAACAUUCACACCACUCUCAUCAUUCAAUAAUGGCAAAAAUCUAAAUAAUGGAAACAAUGGACAAAAUGGAGCUAACAAUCAAUUCGGAAACUCUGGCAAUGGACAAAAUGGAGCUAAUAAUCAACAAUCAUUCGGAAAUGGCCAAGGACUUGGGAAUGGUGGUCUCAAUUCGAUCAAUGGUUUCAAUGCCGGCAAUAGUUUUAAUUCUUUGGGCCAAAAUGGUAACAAUAGAGUUGGCAAAGCAAAUGAUUUCACAUCAGGAAACGGUCUGACAUCAGGCAAUGGAUUGAACACUUUUGAUGGAUUUUCCAAAUUCGAUGUUAGAUCCGGUAAAAGUUUAGAACAAAAUAAUAUCCUAUUCAAUGAUAACUUUGUCGGCGUUCAAGGGCCCAAAAAUGUCGAUACAAAUCGUCUAUAUUUACCACCAAAGCCAACUUACUUGCCACCAUCUAAUUAAAAAUAAGCCGCCAUAUAUACUUUAAAAUAAGUGCCACAAAAUGUCUGAAUUUUUUUUAUAAUUCAUUUUUUUUUAUUUUUCAAUAAAUACAUCAUAAAAUUUAA